AUGGCAAGACCUGUGGCCACCUUCUCCACUUGGGACUAUGUAGUGUUCGCUGGUCUGGUCUUGGGGGCAGCAGCUAUCGGCCUCUUCCAGGCCAUUCGUGGCCGUAAGGACACCAGCAGCCAGGAGUUCCUUCUCGGGGGUCGCCAGAUGACUGCAGUGCCUGUGGCCAUGUCUCUCACAGCCAGCUUCAUGUCAGGAAUCACCGUGAUCGGUACGCCAGCUGAGGUGUAUGUGUACGGUAUAGCUUUUUGGCUGUUUGGUUUCUCCUAUGCCAUCAUGUCAACCUUCAGUGCUGAGAUCUUCGUCCCUUUAUUCUAUCGCUUGGGAAUUACCAGCGCAUAUGAGUACCUGGAGAUGCGCUUCAACAAAGUCAUACGAUUGGUUGGAACCAGCAUGUACAUUGCACAAACUGCUUUGUACACUGGAAUGGUGAUCUAUGCCCCCGCCCUUGCUUUAAAUCAGAUCACAGGGCUGGACCUAUGGGGCGUGCUGGUGGCCACUGGUGCUGUUUGUAUAAUCUACUGCACCCUGGGAGGCUUGAAGGCAGUGAUCUGGACAGAUGUAUUCCAGAUGGCCAUCAUGCUGGCUGGUUUUGUGGCUGUCAUCACCCGUGGGGCUGUUCUCCAAGGCGGACUAACUAAGAUUUGGGAAGAUGCUCGUCAAGGUCAACGACUUGAAGCCUUUGACUUUGAUCCUGACCCCUUGAGGAGGCACACCUUCUGGACCAUUGUGGUGGGUGGAAGUUUGAUGUGGACAUCAAUCUAUGCCAUAAACCAAUCACAGGUGCAACGGUACAUCUCGUGCCGCACCAUGACCCAUGCCAAACUCUCUCUAUAUGUCAACAUGGUAGGCCUGUGGGUUACUGUCACCUUGGCUGUCCUCUCUGGCCUCACGAUGUACUCCAUCUACAAAGACUGUGACCCACUUAGUAACAAAGAUGUAGGGGCCUCUGAUCAGCUGCUUCCGUACCUGGUGAUGGACAUCCUGUCAGAGUUCCCUGGAGUUCCUGGGCUGUUUGUGGCAGCUGCAUACAGUGGAACGCUGAGUACAGUGUCGUCCAGCAUCAAUGCCCUGGUUGCUGUCACCAUGGAGGACUUUGUGAAGCCUGUGUGGACCACCAUCACGGAGCAACAGGUGCACUGGAGCAACAUGGCUCUCAGUGUUUUCUUUGGGGUCCUUUGCAUUGGGAUGGCAGCUGUGGCUUCUCUCAUGGGAAGUAUACUGCAGGCGGCCCUGUCCAUAUUUGGAAUGAUCAGCGGACCUUUGUUGGGCCUUUACUUAUUGGGGAUGUUCUUUCGUUGUGCAAACUCUACUGGUGGUUUAGUAGGACUGGUCAUGGGCCUUAUGGUGACACUGUGGGUGGGCAUCGGGGCGCAGGUGUACCCCCCUCUGCUGACAAAAACUAAGCCACUUGCUGUCAGCACUCACGGCUGCAUUUUCAACUUCACCGAGAACCUGAACACCACCAACACCCCAGCACCUUGGACACAUGCUCUGACAGAGAUGACCCCAGCACCCAAUGAAAGACCUAUGUUAGCAGACACCUGGUACUCCCUGUCUUACCUCUACUUCUGCCCUGUUGGCACGCUGUUGACCAUCAUCAUCGGCUUGGUAGUCAGCAGUGUUACAGGUGGCUGCAAGCAGAGGAAGAUACACCCUGAACUGUUUGUCAGGAAGAGUGAUUUUUUUUGCUUUAGCCAUUGCAACGAUUCUUCCGAGACACCAAAGCCUGAAAUGCUGGUAAAGGCAGGUGCAGAGUUACAUAAAGGGACCACAAAUCCAGCGUUUGUGAGCUCCGAAAUGGAGCUGAAAGAAAAGAACUAA